GUGAUAGUGCGGGAAUAGUUGAAUGGGAGGUGAGCGCGACGUGUGAAGGUGAUAAUUGGGAUUUAAUUUGUUCGAAAAGCGUUUAAUUGAUACAAUGUUGUUAUCAACUACUGUAGUAAUUUGCCUUGCAGCACUAGUGAAAGGAAAUAUUAUCUACAGAGAAAAUCCAGCAAAUGAACUAGACAAAAACUCCACAGAAGAUGUCCACAUAGAGUAUGUUCUUCUGGAUGCCAGCAAUCCUUGCAAAAGAAACUGCAUAGUAGGAGCUCCACCCAUGCUGUGUAGAUUCCAUUUUGAGGUAGAACAUUACCAUACAUUAAGCAAGGCUUGUCACGAUUGCCCGUAUAAUAUGACGGACUGUUAUAGAAAAGACUGCAUUCCUGGCGAUGGUACCAAAAGGGGGAUUAUAGCUGUCAACAGGCAAAUACCGGGACCAGCCAUAGAGGUUUGCCAGAAUGAUACUGUGGUAGUAGACGUUAGCAAUAAGAUGACCAGCGAGGCAACUACCAUCCACUGGCAUGGGCAACAUAUGCAAUCAACACCAUAUAUGGACGGUGUUCCAUUCGUAACUCAAUGUCCUAUAUUACCGCAGGACACUUUUAGAUAUACGUUCAAGGCAGCCCAAGCUGGAACACAUUUCUGGCAUUCACAUAUAGGUAUGCAAAGAGCAGAUGGAUGUUAUGGUCCCCUGAUCGUGCAUGUUCCAGAAGAAACGGAUCCACAUAUCAAUCUCUAUGAUUAUGACUUGUCAUCUCAUGUAAUGACCAUCAUCGAUUGGGUAACACAGCUUGGAACGGAAGUACUGUUAGCUCAUCUUCACAACGAUGGUGUGAAUAAACCACCCACCUUGUUGAUCAAUGGACUUGGUAGAUACAAGCAGUUUGACAAUCAAAGCGAAACUGGAGAACCGUUUUUUAUGGCAACUGCACGAUUUACUGUUGAACAGGGAUAUCGAUACAGAUUUCGAGUGAUAAAUGCAGGAUUCCUCAAUUGUCCGAUAGAAAUGACUGUGGAUAAUCACACAAUAACUGUCAUAAGCACAGACGGAGGAGAUAUUAAGCCAAUUGAAACGACAUCUCUUGUUACUUAUGCCGGCGAGAGGUUCGAUUUUAUCUUGAAAGCAGACCAACCAAAGGAUGUGUACUGGAUUCGAUUCAAAGGACUGAUGGAUUGCGAUGAGAGGUUCACGAAAGCCUUUCAAGUAGCUGUCUUGGAAUACGAAAAUAACGAUCUACCUCCGUACAGUUAUCCUCCACAGAACGUCAGCUACGAUAACUCUCAUAUUGAUGGACUGCAAGUAAAUCCACUCAACAAAGGUGUAGAAGAGAACGAUUCAGUUAUAGUAAUGCCGCAGAUGGAGUCCCUCAAGCCGUGGGAUGAAUCAUUAAAAGAAAAGCCUGAUUUCCAGUAUUAUAUAGCUUAUGAUUUCUACAAAAUAAGUAACCAGGAGUUUCAUAGACCACCUCAUUAUGGAUUUUACGAUGUUCACAACCUGAAGCAAAGAGUAUUAACCCCUCAACUCAAUCACAUUUCUAUGACAAUGCCAACGUUUCCACUAUUAUCCCAGAGGGACGAAAUUACAGACGACCUUUUCUGUAAUAAGGAGACUAUGAAGGAACAGAACUGCUCAGAGACGCAUUGUCAGUGCCCCCAUGGAAUAAAGAUCCCGUUAGGUGCCGUGGCAGAAUUGAUAUUUAUUGACGAAGGUUUCGCUUAUGAUGCUAAUCAUCCAAUCCAUCUUCAUGGUUACGCUUUCAGAGUGGUUGCGAUGGAAAGGAUGGGUACAAAUGUGACAGUUGAACAAGUACAGCAGAGAGACGCUGAUGGACUGAUUAAGAGGAAUUUAGUAAACGCUCCAACGAAGGAUACAGUUACUGUUCCAGAUGGAGGGUAUACAAUCGUGAGGUUCAAGGCUGAUAAUCCAGGUUAUUGGAUACUCCACUGUCACUUGGAAUUCCACUCCGAAAUCGGGAUGGCGAUGAUCGUGCAAGUGGGAGAAAAGGAAGACAUGUUGCCGGUUCCAGAAAAUUUCCCUAAAUGCGGAAAUUACCUACCAGAUCCUCUAGUCAAAGAAAUUACUUACAAAAGUGCAGAAGACCUAAAGAAUAGUAACGACGUGGAAGACCAGUUGUUAGAACUAGCCAAUAUAGAAAAAUCGUUGUACAGAUUAAAAGAAAUGGCUGGAAAGAGGAAAGGGUGGCAGCUUAAUUAGGAUUUUAACUUUCUUAGACUAAUUCUGUAGCAAUAAAAUAUUUAUCAUUAAGCACCACGAAAAUAGGAUCUUCAGGUUGUUUAAUCAUUUGUACGUUGAUCAACAUCUUCAAUGAAAAUAACAAGAAUAAGAACAAAAACUUUUCACAUUAGGAUUUGUCCAAAUAGCUUAUAUUAGUUACCAUAUUUUUUAAGUGUUUUUUAUUUUAGGAGUAAGAUUGAGCAUCAAGCUUAAACGUGAUAUAAAAUGUGAUAUUAACUAUUUAUAUUUUGUCUAAGAAAAAUUGUAAAUAAAUGCUCUUGUUU